AUGGCAGCGACCAGCCAUAUGCACAAUUUGACCACCCUCAUUAAGCGGCUCGAAGCCGCAACCUCCCGCCUGGAGGAUAUGGCGAUGUCGUUAGAUGACCCCGCCACCCAGAAGGCACCUGAAGGUGCAGCAGUCUUGGACUCGCAACCUUCCGAACGGCCUGCACCUACCGCUGCCCCGGCACCUGUACCCGCUUCUCUUCCGUCCCAGAUUGAAGACUUCGACACGUUGAUCGACAAGGAUGUUGGGAACUUUGUCCAACUAGGUAAUAAGAUUGGAGGGCUUGUCGCAGAGCAGGCCAACGCUGUCCUCCAGGCCUUCAAGGCGGAGCGCACCUACCUCUACGUUUCGGCCAAGGCGAAGAAGCCAGAAAUCCAACCGCCCGAGCUUAUGACUGAGCUUCACACUGCCUCUGACGCAAUCAACAAUAUCCGGGAGUCCAACAGGGCUUCGCCUCUUAUAGACCACCUGAGUGCCAUUGCCGAAGGCAUCGUUGCUCUGGGUUGGUUUUUUGCGCCCAAGCCUGCCGAUUUCGUUGAUGAAAUGCUUGGAGGAAUUCAGUACUAUGGCAACAAGGUGCUAAAGGAAUACAAGGAGAAGGAUCGUACCCAUUAUGACUACAUCCAAGCGUACUACCAAAUCUUCAAGUCUCUUUCCGCCUACCUCCGCAAUUACUACCCUAAAGGCUUGACAUGGAACGAUAAGGAUGGAAUUGAUGCGCUGGAGGCUCUUCAGCAGGUCAAGGGCAGCCCUGGUCCUAAUGCUGGCGGCGCAGCGCCUCCACCUCCACCCCCAGUGCCUACUUUAAACAUCCCCGGUGGUGCCCCUCCACCUCCGCCACCGCCUCCUCCCCCCAUGAUCCCCGACCAGAACGCGGGCUCCUCGUCGGACAUGACUGCAGUCUUUGCCCAGCUAAAUCAGGGCGACGCUGUCACGCAAGGUCUCCGCAAGGUCGACAAGUCCGAAAUGACACAUAAGAACCCGAAUCUCCGAGCCAGCUCAACUGUUCCCGAGAGCCCUAAUUCUAGCACCCGUUCCAAGUCCCCUGCCCCCAGCAAAAAGCCCAAGCCAGAGAACAUGCGGAGCCGGAAGCCGCCUCGCAAGGAUCUCGAGGGUACGAAAUGGUUCAUUGAAAACUUCGACAACCCCGGCGAGAUUGUCGAAAUCCCUGCUAAGCAGAACCAUUCCAUCCUCAUCUCUCGGUGCAACAAGACGAUACUUAAGGUAUCUAGUAAGGCUAACGCAAUUGCCAUUGACAACUGCCACGGCCUCUCCAUCAUCGUUGAUUCCCUUGUCAGCAGCCUAGACGUCGUUAAGUGCACCAAGUUUGCCCUUCAGAUUGAUGGAGUCGCUCCUACCCUACUCAUGGACCAGGUUGACGGCGCUACUGUCUACCUAUCCUCUCAGAGCCUGGAAACCGAGAUCUUGUCGAGCAAGUGCACGGCCCUCAACAUCAUGCUUCCUCCCAAGGAAGGCACGGACGAGGAUACCAAGGAGUGUCCGGUCCCAGAGCAGAUCAAGACCUCCAUUAAGAACGGCGUUCUAGUCAACGAGAUUGUCGAGCAUGUGGGUUAG